AUGUAUAGGUUGGGUGGUGAUGAUGAUGAUGAUGAUGAUGAUGAUGGUAUCUGCUGGGUUGGUGCAGCGGCGGUAUUCGGUGAGAUAUCUGGAGGUGGUGGACAGAUACGAUACUGGUUUGUGGAAGUUCGGUAUGUUCCUGAUUCUGGUGUAUCGAUUGAUGGAGGAUCGGACGGGAGCAGGGUGGCUGCAUGGUUUUCGGGUGUAUACAGCUUUGGUUGGUUGAGGCUGAGGGGUACAAAGGGGAUGUACUUUGGCGACUUUGAUGAGGGUAAAUUUGGGAGUUAUGGAAAUGGUUGGGAUUGGCGAAAGGCGACUGGAGGUUCCUUGAUCCAUGACCAGUCACAAUUGGACGUAAAGCGAGCAAUGAGAGGCCAGCCAGACAUCAGAAAUAUAGCCCAAAAGAACAUAGUCAACAAUGUCUCGGAAUCGCGCGACCCAGAUACUGAGACAUCGGAAAGAUGGGUGAUGUGGGAAACUGAGACAAAAAAACGCACAAUCGGGUGGAACAGUGGAACUUGA